AUGCGGAGGAAGGCUCAAGUCGGAAACGCCGAAAAUGGUAUCAAAUCUGGAGAAAACGCACAUUUAGGACUGGCUAAACGGACAGGUAAACUCGCCAAGACACCAACAGGCAAAGGUCUCGGAAAGGCCGGAGCCAAACGUCUGGGGAGGCUGCUGAAACGGGCUAUCCAGCCAAAGGAGGAGCCAAAAGGACAGAAGAAAGUUUCUCUGCCAAACACUCCUGUCCGUCUUUUCAAGCAUCAGAUUCAAUCAGAGGCCAACAAUGCACCCAAGACUAACUCCCCAAAGCAGGCCUCGCCGCAGGUCUCAAGGCUCAUCCUCAGUGUUGUCUCCAAGUGCAAACACAGAGGUGGCAUCUCCAUGGCUGAGCUCAAGCAGACUCUGGCCACUGAGGGUUAUGACGUCGCCAAGAACAACAGGCAGGUGAAUGUGGUGACCAAGAGACUGACCAACAACGAGACGCUUGUGAGAACUACAAGAAGCACAACAUUCAGACUUAACGACAAGAAGGUCACAGACACAACUCAACCAAAGACAAAGGCCGGAAAAUCUCCAAAACCAAAAGGAAAGGUAAAGCCAACCUCUGCAACCCAUAAACCGCCCAAAGGAGCAGAGAGAUCAAAGAAAACACACAAAAAGACUCACACAGAGAGAGCAAGGCUCCACAAACCAAAAGGCAAGACUCGCAAACCGGCGGCAAAAUCACACAAAAGUAAAAAACACAAAAGCAAAUCAAGACAAAAAGUUGUGAGGAAAAAACAAAGACCUGCAAAGAAGCGAGCCACACGGGCAAGAAAGGCCCAGAGGAAGGCUAAAAGUACUCGGAGACGUAAAGCAAAGCAAGGCCGGUGUCCAUAUAAAUCUUCUCCGAAAAGACAACCACAGAGAAGGAGGUCUCCAAAAAAAAGAGCAAAGUAG